UAGAGUAUGAUUGAUUGAUUAUGUAAGCUUAGAAUAUAACUAUUUUAGUUUCAUUAGAUGUGAGAAUUGUGACCAUUUUUGUUUUUCAUGCAAUUUGAGUGCAUUUGCAUCCUGAUUUGAACACUCUUGCAUUCGGGCAUUGCAUAAAGUUUCGGGCAAGAAGGUCACCACCAUGAAGUCCGAAGGUGGGUAGGGGGUCCAACAGAGGGUAGGGUGCCUAUCACCCACAUUGGGCAAGCAUUGCAUUCCCUCCAGGGGUACAGUUAGCAGUUUUGGACACUAUGUUCCUUUCUGUCGCACUUAAGUCACAGUAACGGAUUUGGUGUCUUGGCAAGACUCAGAUUUUAUCAUUCGUCACCCUUUUAAUGGCCUGAGUACAGACUUUACCUUACAAUGUUUUGCUACUGUUAGUGUUUGUGUAUUUACAUUGUAUAACUAUUUUUAUAAUAACUGCACUUUUGUAGGAUGAAAUCAAAUCCCUUCAAAACACAGUAGAUCGACUGAAAUCUGAAAAUAAGCAGCUUCACGAGAAGAUGAUUGAACGAGAAAGAACAAUGGCCUCUAUGGACUUUACAAGCAGACAUGGGACCAAGGAAGACGGUGCUAAUAAACUGGACAUUGACAUGUUAGUAAAACUCACAACCAGGUUACAGAAAGCAAGUCACACUUACGAAAGUCUAAGAGGGGAUAUGGACAAGAUCAAAGAGGAUAACAAGAGGCUGCAAGAGGAAAACAGGAAUCUUACGAGAGAAAACUCUCGCCUUAAAGAUGACCCAAAGUUUUCCAAGUCCCCUCAGAGGUUCAGCCACUAUACAAUGGCAGGUCUUCAGACAAAAGUAGGUCAGUAUGAGCGUGAAGUUCAGCAACUCAGAAAAGCAUUACAAAAGAGCGAUAACUACAUAGAGGACCUGACAAGCAAGCUGGAUGUGCCGACAGGACAGUCUGUUGUCAAGUCUAAGAGAGGCCAACCCAGAUCAAGCUCAGUGCCAAGUUCCUGCACAAUAACAAGUCUUUCAGAGGACAAAGAUUCAUCAGAGAAUGGCACUGCUACCAAAAGUACAGAUGAUGUCCAAGAGGUAGAAAAUGUCGAUCCACCAGAGGAUGCAAGCCCUGGCAAUGAUGGGGAUCAAAAGAAAAGGUCUUCAACUGCAGGUGAUAACGAGAAUGUCAUGUCUAAUGGUCAUUCUCCAAUCCUUGCACCAAUGAACAAUGAAAGGUUCUCGUUAGAAUCAACCACUUCUUUUGCAGAUGAAAGAGCAUCUGGUCUGAGCUCCCGACGAAGUUCCGAGGUCAGUCUGUAUGGUCAAGACUUGGAAAUCCCCCCUGGACCACUUACAAGCUCUCUCAACAUUCUGGAGCCUGUGGAGGGGGAGGCACUUGAUCGACCCCCAUCUCGAGGAGAGCUGUUGUUACUUGGUGACCCUUCUUCUAGGAGACAGGAGAAGCCCCCACUAGAAGAAAACCUGAAUAUGUUCACUGCAAGUCGACAGCUGAUUAUGAUGAGUGAGCGCAGGGCAAGGCAGAGGGAUGUAAUGGAUCCAAGUAGAUUACGAGAUUUUAGUGAAUGUUCACCAAGCAGCUCUGACGGAGGGAAAAGGAAAUCACUGGACGCAAAGUCCCUUGAUUUUGAUAUGUUCACCAGUGCUGCUGACGAAGAUUCACCAAGCAAUUCUGUUUCACAUGAAUCUCCUUCUUACAGCAGAGAAGCUGAGAGUGGUUCCCCUUGUUUUCAUACUUUCUCGUUGGCUAAAAUCAAGUCAGAAAUAGAGCUAGGCCAUGAGGAUGAGAGUGCCCCCAAAAAACCAAGAGUAGAGGCUGAUGAGUAUCCGGAUACUGUAGAGAGCGAUGACCAGGGAAAACCUUGAGUCCUCCAGUGACUACCUUUGUUCACAUGUGUAGUGUACCUUCAUAUUCUCAUUAUCAGUAGCUGCAUCAUGAUGCAGUGAUAAAAUGUUUCUGAUUGAUCUUUUCUUAGUUCCUGUUACAUAUAGCUGCAACAUGAUCACAGUAGUGUCCAAUUACUGUAAUCAAGUUAAACCUUGUAGUUUCAAGUUGAUUUUGGAAAUUACUUGGCUGCUUGAUUUCAUUCAUGUAGUCCACUCACUCUAGAUACUUUAAGUAAUUUAUUGCAAAUUAAGAAUAAGAAGUAAGUUAUUAGUUUCAAAAAGUUCAAAAAUGAAGUAAUUUGUUAUUCCCAUGGCAAAUGAUUUUUAAGUGAUGCUUUAUACUUUCUCCAGAUUAUGCUGCUAAUACUUUUAGACAAGCAAUGACUUAGAUGCCCAAACGGUUAUGAGCCCCCUGAAGAUAGUUUGUUAUCUACUUUUUGAUAAAUAGAUUCUGUCAUGAUUAUGCAAACCAAUUUGUGAUACCAUUCGGAAUCAGUCACAUUUACUUCACUCUCAGAACAAUACCAAAUUAAUGUAUACCAUCCCUCCUGGAUUAUCUGGAAGAGAGCAUGUGUCCCACAUGUGAAGGAAGUGCUAAGAGUGCAUUUUUCACUCUGAUUUUAGCUGAUUUUGGGGUGACACUUAAACAAUAUUUGAUGCAUUUUUUUUAUUAUUUGGUGAAACCCUUCUUACAACAACUUUUCUUUAGGGAGGAAAAUUGGCAACCUCCCAGAUUUUCUUCUUUUAGGUUGGAAAUGUGCCAACCUAAAUGUGAAAAAAAAAGGAUUAUAUAUUUCCCACUUAUUUUGAGUGGUAUCAGACAUUGGUUCCCCUCAGAAUCGGAUAGGAAUGCAAUGCUAAUACUGUAUUUUGUGCUUUAUUGUUCUUCCUAAAUGUGGGUGCACAUUACAUAGGCCCAUUCUGAUUAUUUAGAGUUAGCUUCAUGCACACUUCUCAAAAUUGUUGAAGUGUAUGAAGGAAAUGGUCAGGGAAGUUUAUCCUCAAUUUGACAUUGAGUUAUUUAAGUAUUAUGAGAACAUCUACAUGCAAAUUACUUUACAUGGCAUUGCUCAAUCUAACACUGUAAUACUCUGCAUUUCAAUCAUUGAAAGACAGAAAAUUGCAGUUUUAUACAUAAUACGUGGCGUUUAUGACAGUAGCUCACAUUUUGUAGUAUUCAUAACAUUUAGUAACAAGUUGUUUGAUUCCAUUUUGUCCCUGGACACUAAAAUAUUUUAUUUUAAGUUAUGAGUUGAUAUUUGGUAGUGCCAUGAGUGUACAGAGCCCCUUUAAUAAGACUGUUACCAUGUCGUCAUAGUCAAAUUUGACCAGUCCCAUUAUUGAGAUGGAUAAACAGUGUAAUUCAGUUCAUGUUUUAAGUCUGAAUGCUUUGUUCAGCUUUUCCGAGCUUUACAGCUGUAGAUAACAGCAACAGUGGCAUAAGAUAUAAAAAUGUACUGGUGACUACCAUGGUGCAUAUAGAUUUCCAAACAGUAUUCAUCCAAGUUUUCGCCCACUGAAUUUUGACAAAUAGGGAAGACUGUGGGUGCAUUAUCCCUGAACACCAGGAAAUUUCUAUACUGUAGAUUAUAAUGCACUCAAUUUGAGGUUUUAAACUACAUUUCUGACAAUUUUUAAUGGGAGUAAACAGUAAAAUCGCAAGAUCAUGACUCUAACUAUUAGUAAGUACUUGUUUAGCAGUGCUAGGUAACAGUAGCCCUUGAAAUGAAUUGGAGAUGUAGGAAUGGGGUAGCUGUGGUGUAAUUUUGAGUAGCUGUAUACCUUGUAUGACUACAUGUAACAACUUUUGAGGUCGAUACUAAUGCAAAUAUUCUAAAUGUCAUUUUUUGAGGGUAUAGAAUAUUUAGAAAUUAUGCAGAGUAGGCUGGGAGAAAUUUUGCAAUAGUCUGUAAGUCAUGUGUGAAACUGAUAAAAAUACAAAGCACCCACUACUAAACACAGUGAGAGUGUUGUUAUGUUAUAAAACAAACAUUUUUCACCUCUUACUGUCACCACACUGCUUGUGUUAUUGCAAGUGAGUCAGAUUUUCCUCUCUGUAGAUUAAUUUUCACUGGUUUAAUUAUGAACAAAAACAUACCCAAAAAAUUAUUAGGAUAGCUUCUAGUUUUUCAAGUUAAUUUCUGUAACUUUCUAACUCCUUUUACUCCCAGGGUCAACUGGAACAUUUUCCUUAUUGUGUUUACAUACGUUUUGUUUAAUUAAUUUAGUUUCAAAGGGCCUGAAGCAUGGUAACACUCAAGCCCAGCUUUGAUUGACAGAAAACAAGUGCACAUUCAAAGAAUUUAGCAAAAUUACGCCUCAUUUUUUGGCUUUAUUAUAUGACUGAGAGUGGGCCAAUUUAUCAUUAAUUUUUGAUUUGCCCUGCGGUGUAGAUUAAUGUAGGCACAUUCAUAAUUCUCUCAGUCAAAUAAGGAUUUACACUACCCAUGAUCAGUGAAAAUUCUUCUAAGUGUACCAGUACUUGCCUAAAGGCUUGUGCAAUUGGAGGGAAUUGUCAAAUAUAACUUGUAGUGUAAAUCCUUAAUUGCAUUCCCAUUCAUAUGAUUUCCUAUGAUAAUAAUUUUAACUGACUUCGUAAUUUUAACAAUAUUGUUUAGCAUCAUGGACAUGUAGUGCUAUUAAAAUGUUGCUGUUGUGUUUUGGACGCAUUGCGAGCCUAUUUUAGCGAGGUCAAAUAACAAUAGGCCCGCAAUGCAUACAAACUGCUGUAUCUCUGCACCGAAUAACCAGGACAUUGUGGUUUUCAAGUCACCAAAAAUCUUUUGUUACAGAAAGUAAUUUUCAGUUGGUUCCAAGUGAAAACAACAGUUGUGAGAAAUCAAUUUUGACUGGUUGGGUAUACCAAGCAAGCCCAUAUAUGCUCCCAAAUAUUUUGGAUGUUGCACUUUAUGGUACUUAAGGCUCUAUUAAAUUAUUAAAAUUCUCUGUUAAGAAGAUCAAAUGGUUCAUGCUCAACCUGCUUACUUGUAUUGGAUUAAAUAGGAAUAUAUGACUGCUGGGAGUUAGCCCUUUCAGGGUUUAAAAACCGUGAUUUCAAUAAACUAAUUCUCCUUACUUGACACGGAAUAACAAAACACUAGUUGGGAGAACUGUAUUACAUGUAGUGAAAGCCAGUUUUUCUUUGGGGAAUCUGUUGUUGUGUUUUCAUGGCCUGCAUGCAGAUAGCAGAAAUUCAUAAUUCUUAAUAUCUGGAUAAAGAUGUAAGAGAAUCCUUCAUAAGAAAAAAUAUUGUGACUGAUACAUUUACCAUAACUCGUAGCGCACGAAAUCAGAAAAGUUCUAAAAUCGUCAAACCAAGCAAAGUCGUUAAUACAGGGGCGAAUUUUUCGCAAAGACAGCUUCUGUUGUUCCCAAUAGAUUGUUUUAGGUUUUCAAGGUAUUCUGGUAAAAUGUACAGACGCCAUAUUUUGUCUAUGGUGGAGGGUUAGCAUUGUUUGAGUUGUUAAUCAUUUGAAUCAGGAGCAGCUAGAAAAAUAUUUUUGUAAUUUAAUGACAAGGGUCAAUGAACCAGGAUAUUUCAGUG